AGCCGCCCGCCGCGGAGAGGUCCGCGGGGCUGCGCGGCCGAGCGGCACCGAGUGCCGGCUCUCUCCGCGCAACUUCGCUUACGCCGCAGGACCUGAGCGGGCUGCUGCGGGGCUUCCAGGGCGCGAUCGCCUUUCCAUCCAUUUUCAGCUGCAAAAGCCAAUAAUUCGAUAACCCAGCAGAAAUAAAACAAACUCGGGCUUACCUAAAAGUUAGGAUACCUUUCCCCCCCUUUUUCUUUAUCAUUUCUUUUACGAUUUUUAUUCCCUAUGUGGAAGUCGCCUGAGAACCGUGCUCGGCACGCUGCAUGGGAAGAAGCGGCUUGUGUUUUGGAUGGAGGAUUUGCUGUUGCGGAGCGGGCUAACUUCCAUGCAGUGGGGCAGCCUUCACUACUCUUAACGCCUUGAUGAUGUGCGGAGGAGCCCAUGUAGCUUGACAUCGUGUGCAGAGAAGGCACUGAAGCCACUCUUGGUGUUCUACAGGAAUCCUCAUUAGUUGUUCUGGAGAUGGACUUGCUGUCUGGAACCUACCUCUUGGCAGUCUUAUUAGCCUGUAUUGUAUUCCAAUCUGGCGCCCAGGAGAAGAACUACACCGUGCGGGAAGAACUGCCUGAAAAUGUCCUCAUUGGCAAUUUGCUCAAGGAUCUUAACCUGACGCUGGACCCAGACGUGCCUCUUUCCUCACCACUGCAGUUCAAGCUUGUGUACAAGACUGGGGAUGUGCCAUUGGUACGGGUGGAGGAGAACACGGGGGAGAUAUUCACCACUGCCAACCGCAUAGACCGGGAGAAGCUGUGUGCCGGCAUCUUCACUGAGAAUCGCUGCUUCUAUGAGGUGGAGGUUGCUGUUUUGCCUGAUGAGGUGUUCAGAUUGGUCAAGAUCAGAUUCCUAAUAGAGGAUAUAAAUGACAAUGCUCCCCUCUUCCCCUCGACAGUUAUUAACAUCUCUAUCCCUGAAAACACAGCGAUUAACUCCCGCUAUUCCGUGCCGUCCGCCAUCGAUCCGGACAUCGGGGUGAACGGUAUCCAGCAUUAUGAGCUCCUUAAGCCCAAAACGGCUCCGAAAAGGACCUUCGGAUCCAUUACAAACGAUCAGGGUCAAAACGUGUUUGGUCUCGAUAUAAUUGAGACACCUGAGGGGGACAAGUGGCCUCAACUGAUUGUCCAGCAGAUCCUGGAUAGGGAACAGAAGGAUACCUAUGUGAUGAAAAUUAAAGUUGAGGACGGCGGGAGCCCUCCAAGGUCUAGCACUGCCAUCCUGCAGGUCACAGUGACUGAUGUGAAUGACAACCGCCCAGUCUUCAAGGAGAACGACAUUGAAGUUAGCGUUCCGGAAAACGCUCCGGUGGGCACCUCCGUUUCUCAGCUCCACGCCACUGAUGCAGACCUGGGCUCGAAUGCGCAAAUCCACUUCUAUUUCAGCAACCAGAUCUCCAGUCUGGCCAAGAGGCUCUUUGCCAUCGAUAACACCACCGGCCUCAUCACUAUUCGAGAACCGCUAGACAGGGAGGAAUCUCCCGUCCACAAGUUAACCGUUUUGGCCAGCGAUGGCAGCUCCACUCCAUCGAGAGCUACAGUGACCGUGAACGUCACAGACAUCAACGACAACGUGCCAUCCAUAGACACGAGGUACAUCAUCAACCCUGUGAACGGCACGGUGCUUCUGUCCGAGAAGGCUCCCCUCAACACCAAAAUCGCCCUGAUCACCGUCAUGGACAAGGACGCCGACCUGAACGGGAAGGUGACUUGUUUUACGGACCAUGAUGUCCCUUUCAGGCUGAAGCCAGUGUUUGAUAACCAGUUCCUCCUGGAGACAGCCACCUUUCUAGAUUAUGAAGCCACACGGGAAUAUGCCAUUAAAAUAGUGGCUUCGGAUUCGGGGAAGCCUCCCUUGAACCAGUCUGCGAUGCUCCUGAUCAAAAUCAAAGAUGAAAACGACAACGCCCCGGUCUUCACACAACCCAUCAUAGGCCUUUCCAUUCCCGAAAACAACGCUCCUGGCACUCAGCUGACCAAGAUAAGCGCUACGGAUGCCGACAGUGGGCGCAAUGCUGAGAUCAGCUACAUCCUGGGUUCUGAUGCACCCCCUAUCUUUAACCUUGACCGCCGUACAGGCAUUCUGACAGCAGUGAGAAAGCUGGACAGAGAAAAGCAAGACAGGUACUCUUUUACCGUGCUGGCUAAGGAUAAUGGGAUGCCACCCUUGCAGACCAAUGCUACUGUGACGGUGUCGGUCCUGGACCAGAAUGAUAACAGCCCUGCCUUCACACAUAGUGAAUAUAAUUUCUAUGUGCCAGAAAACUUACCCAUGUAUGGCACAGUGGGGCUUAUCACAGUUACAGAUGCUGACUCGGGAGAGAAUGCUGCAGUCACUCUGUCUAUAUUAAAUGGUAGAGAUAAUUUCAUUAUAGAUCCCCUUACCGGUGUUAUAAGACCUAAUAUUACCUUUGAUAGGGAGCAGCAGGGGUCAUACACUUUCCAGGUGAAAGCUGUGGAUGGAGGAAGACUGCAGCGUUCCUCAACUGCCAAAGUGACCAUCAAUGUUGUUGAUGUAAAUGACAACAGGCCUGUUUUUGUCAUUCCUUCCUCUAAUUAUUCGUAUGAGUUGGUUCCAACAUCCACCAGUCCAGGGUCCGUAGUUACUAAAGUCUUUGCGGUUGAUAAUGACACAGGAAUGAAUGCAGAGCUCCGCUAUAGCAUCAUAGGUGGGAACUCCAGGGGCUUGUUUACAAUUGACCAGUUGACAGGCAAUAUUACUUUGAAAGAGAAGGUAAUUACAUCAGAUCAUGGCUUGCACAGGCUAGUGAUAAAAGUCAAUGACCUAGGACAGCCAGAGUCUCUUUAUACCAUUGCUCUUGUGCAUUUGUUUGUGAACGAGACGGUCACCAACAGCUCCUACGUGCAAGAGCUAGUGCGCAGGAACAUGGAAACUCCGGUGGGCCAGAACAUUGGGGAUGGUGAGAUAACCCCACAAACCAAUGAUUAUGUCAAGAUCAUCAUUGCCAUUAUUGCAGGCACCAUGACAGUGAUCCUGGUGAUUUUUGUUACUGCUUUAGUACGCUGCCGCCAGACACCUAGGCACAAGGUCGUCCAAAAAAACAAGCAGAGUGGCGAAUGGGUUUCUCCAAACCAGGAGAACAGGCAGAUCAAGAAAAAGAAGAAGAAGAAGAAGCGCUCUCCAAAAAGUCUCCUCCUCAACUUUGUGACUAUUGAAGAAUCUAAGCCUGAUGAUCCUGGCCAUGAGCACAUAAAUGGCACUUUAGACAUUCCAGUAGAGCUAGAAGAACAGACUAUGGGAAAAUAUAACUGGGCCACCACACCGACCACGUUUAAGCCUGACAGCCCAGACUUAGCAAAGCACUACAAGUCUGCUUCGCCACAGCCUACCUUUCAAAUUAAACCUGAGACUCCUGUACCCCCUAAGAAGCACCAUGUCAUUCAGGAACUGCCUCUAGAUAACACCUUUGUGGUGGGCUGUGACUCAAUUUCCAAGUGCUCAUCAAGCAGCUCGGACCCUUACAGUGUUUCUGAAUGCAGCUGUCAAGGAGGCUUCAAGACCCCAGGCCCCAUACACACCAGACAGCUCUGAAGGCCAUCGCAGCUGAUGUUAUGUACUGAAGUCGUACGUGUACACAAUGAUGUUAAGCCAGCAAACAUGGAAACAAGGGAACAGCACGAGAAAGCCCUUUGUCCUGUCUCGGGGUGCCGAAGAACUUUAUCGUCCGCUCUCCAGAGGGCUUUGGAAGUGACCAUGAACUGUUCAAGCUGCCCUACUGAAAGGUAUCCAGGGCAAGAAUUUUCUAAAAGGAAAAGACAAAGACAUUUUAGUACCUUGUGCUAUAGUGUUCUAUACCGUAGUUUUCCUAAGAAAGAAGUGAUGAUGUGACCCAUCCUCCUGCACAGCUGCUGAUCGUGGUACAGCCAGCUUGCUUGUAAUCAUCUUCUUGUCCCAGAGUUUUGUCCUUAUUUAUUUUAGUUGGAGCAAUUAGGAGCUUUUGUUUCUAUAAAUAUAUUAAAAGGGAGCAAUAAAUUUUAUUCACAUGUUAAAAAGAGAAUGUCAAGUUCUUUAUACUCCCUGCAUUUAAAAGAAAAAGAGAUAAAUUGUUGUCACUUAUAGCACCAUUAUACAUGUUAAGAAUUGAGUGUUAUUUAUAUCUGUUCCAUGAUAUCUUUAAUGAUGAUAUUGCUGCUAUGGAUCAUAAAUAGAAUUGAUCAAAUCACUGCUCUCUCAUUUAUAGGCACAGUAGUGGUAGUAGAAAAUCAGUACUUCUGCUUUCUCAGCCACCACAUGUUGUAAGAAAUGAUCACCUUUCAAAGAACUGGAAAGUAUUCACGUCUACAAAGACGUUUUCAUUUGCAUUUUGCUUGCUGGCUGAUGCCUGUGUAAAGGUGCCAUGCAUUCAGCCUGCUGAAAAACCUUCAUUUAA